CUCUCGUGUGCGUGUGAUCGGCUGUUGGGUGUGCCUGGCGGCAGGCACAUGACCCGAACACUCCUGCAAACAGGAGUGCGGGUGCGCCUACUCGCACAAACAGAGAGACUCCAGCAGUACGCAUGCAAUACUCAAUUAUGUAUUGAUUGGCCGCGCAUCCCCCUACGAAAACCUCUUGCCUCCGCUGCAUUUCCGACACACAGUCUUGCUCAGCAACAGCGAGGCACCCAUAUAUAGCCCUUCAGACGCAUUCGUGUGUGUGCCUCGAGUGAGCUCCGCGCGCAGUGACACAAGAGAGAUACAAAAAGCCAUCGAUAGGUAUGCCCCGGCAACACACACACAUACAAGGGCAAGUGAGCACCAAGUCACACGUGUUGAUGGAAAGCCAGCCAGCCAGCCAGCCAGUCAACACUGUCGGCAGCACGCAUGCCGUGCAUUGUCAGACGUCAUAUAUAAUGCUAUGAAUUGAGCCUCUAGACCAUAUGUGUAUGUAUGUAUGUGUGCACGAGGAAUGCAGCCAGUGAUGCGAUGCGCCGUGGCAAUGAUUCGGAGCUGGCUCCACGCCCACACCAAAACCACUUCCGAAUACCCCCUUGUUUGUCGUGGACAAUCCUAUCUCACUGUUCUCUUCCUGGCAGGCACAUGCAUAUGUUGGCACGCAGCUGCACCAUGCACCAGCAGCACAUGCGCAAAGUGAGCAAGAUUACACGAGAGCAACAAGUCAGUCACACGCCAGAAUGAAUGAAUGGCAGCCUGCCAACAUUGCCGGCAGUGCCUACGAGAAACACAGCAGCCAGUCAUGUGCCCUGUCCCUGUGUAUCCUCCUCGUGUGUCUUGGCGAAUCCUCUCUCGAUUGCUUGUCCGCCCAUUCAUUCGCGCACAGCCGGCCAGCCGUCAUGCAACAAGAAGCAGGCAGAGUUAGUGUCUUGAAUGCAGCAUGCGCGAACAUGCAACACACUUGCCCGCCAGCUUGAUGUCGUGUGUCGGCUUGCUGGCAGGGGAAUGCAGUCAGUGCGGCACCAUCAGUGUCUACGUACAGAACCGCGACAAUACAGCGGCGGAUGUCUUGUUGACUCAGCCCGAAACAUCCGUCAAUACCUCCUUCCUUCCUUGCUGGUGUCUGUGCGUCCACCCACACGUGGUCCACUUCUGUAGGUGUGCCGUCACAUCGAUCACUUGUUCCUAUUCCCGUGUACGUCGGCAGAGACCACAAUCACAGACAGACAUACAGACACACAGACACACAGACACACAGACAGACAGACAGACAGACAAAUGUACGUAGCUAUCCACAACACACAUAGGCACGCAACACGGAGGCAUGCAACACACACACACACGCACCCACGGGAGGCACACACGACCCGACCACCACCACCACCACCACCAAAGACUCGUACGUGUGCGACAGGGAGCGAAGAGCAUGCACGCACAACACAACACAACACACAGCAGCACCAAGAACACACCUCACAAGACACGCACACCCCCGAACCACACACCCCAGGCAGGCCCCCACCGCCGCACCACGCCACGCCAUGGACCGCACGGGCAGCACAACCGAGCAAGGAGUCGCACACACACACACACACACAGAGACAGACGAGAGACACUCCGACCUACUGUACGUCCACGUAUGUCAUAUGAAUGUCAUAUGAAUUAUGAAGUAAGUCUUCUUCGCUCGAUCGCUCCUGACGACCAUGCACUCAACGAAAGCCGUAAUACGCAGCCAGCGCUAGUACUGCGGCACAGUCAAAGGACGACACGCACACCACCAAGCAGCGACCUGCGACACACAAGACACAAGACACAACAAUGACGUCAUGGAUGGCCUUCUUGGUGUGCAUAUCGUCAUCUACCUCAGCAGGGGGGGUAGUGUGUCUACGCCGAGACAGGAACCUGCACCUGCAGCAAACACACACACACAUACACCCACACACGCGUCCUGUGCGACUCAGUCUUUCACCCACCGCUGCUGGGUCGAUGCCUCUGAGCCAGUUGACGACGAGUGUGACCUUGCCGAGCUUGAUGUGGCUGCCCAACACCUUGUCGCUCGCUUUGCGCGAGUCAAGGUCGGCGAUAGCCAGCACCUCGGCAAAGGUCUCCCCGGUCAGCUCCUCCUGGGCAGAUACACACACGCACACACCACCAUCACCACAACAACACCGCACAGCACACCACACAUGAACGAGUGCGUGUUUGCCAUUUUUAGUUGCGUCUCUGCGUACCUUCUUGACGGUGUCGACGAGUCCCCGCAGCUUCUCAUCUCGCUGGAAUAUCUUCACGACGUCGUCAGCCGUGAGCUUCGACAGCUCGACCGUCACAAAGGUCUCUGCACAGACACAGACACACACGCACACACACACACAGACAGAGCCAGGCGUCACCGAGGCCGGCCAAUUGAUUCAUUCAUUCACGUGUGUGUCGACUGACCGUCGUCCUCGACUUCCAUCUUGACGUGCACCUCGCCAGCACCAGCACUGGCAUCAGCCUCACCAGAGGCCUCACCAGUGGCAGCAGCAGCACCGUGGUCACCAUCUCCCUCCUGCUUGAUGCCGACACCAGCAGCACCACCACCACCAUCACUACCAGCAGCAGCAUUGCUCUCCGUGGGGAAGAGCAGCGCCUCGGGGGGCGCCUGGUCGCCGUCCGAAUCGACACGCGAACCUUCGACACACAGGUGAGGUGACACGAUGAGGACGCCAUGACUGUCUGUCCAUUCACACAUGUAUACCUACCUGUACGGCGCCUUUUGCCGCCCCGUCGCUUCUGCUUCUGCUCCUUAUUGCCGGCGUCGCGGGCCGCGGCAGACGCGGACGGCUUCUCCUAACACGAAAACCAGACGACGGGCGCGCGAAGGCAUGGAACAAUAUCGACCCCCCUCCCUCCCUCCCUCCCUCUCUGUCGGCCUUGCUCGUUACCUGGUCGUCAUCUGGGAAGGCGUGAGCGGCGAGGAGACCUUCCCAGCCCUUGAUGGGCAUCUCGGUGGGGAUGGCCUUGUGCCGGUAGUCAAUGGCGGCCUCGACGGCCGAGCGGGCGGUGUGGUAGGUGGACAAGGAGAAGGAGCGGGCCUUGCGGAGCUUCUUGUGGCUGACAGUGGCUCCGUCCUUGUUGGCGUACACGUAGAGGUACGGCACCUGAAGGACACGCAACGGACAGAGCGGACCUGCAGUGCCCAUAUGCUGUGCAGCUCGCACACCUGGCCAUCGAGAUGCUUGAGCUUCUGCAGGAAGGCACGGAGGCUGAUAAUGGACUGACUCACGUCUGAUGAAUAGAUGAAAAAUGACACAUCCUCACACAUGCAGAAGAUGGACCCUCAGGCAGAACCCACCGUUUCCCGCGGUCCGUCGUCGCUUCUUACGGCCGUCAGGGGAAGGGGUCGGCGAGCGGGCCACGGCCUGGGAGACGGAGAAGUAGCCACGAGUGCUCGCUUGUGGUCACUCAUGGCCACACCCACCCAUCCACCUACCCGUGCGUGGAGAAGGUCGUUCUCGCCGCUGUCGUCAUCCUCACCGGACGAACCCUCAUCGCCGUAGUGUCCUGAUGCGAACCACAUGUGUCGGUGUGUGGGUCGCUGCUGCAGCGGUGACCGUGUGCUGUGUGUGUUUCUUACGGCGUUCCGGUGCGUGACGGUCACCAUCGUCCGCACCCUACACAGACACGCAGGCACUUGCAUUUGAGGCGCUGACGGGCGAAGGUCUCUCUCUGCUGUCUUCCUUGGCACUGACCUCGCCUGCACCAUUCCCUGAGCCAACCAUCUGGUCAUCAGCGGCAGAACCUGACACACAGCCACAAACACCCACACAACCCCACGCACCAUCCAUCGGCUGCACUAUUGACUGUCCGUGCCUCACCCACCUUGGCCACCUGCCGACUCCCCGACCUUCCUGCCACCGUCCUCCUCCAUCAGCACAUGAUCAGGCCGCCCCCCGUCGCUGACAUUGGGACAUGGCUGAGGGCCGGCGGCAGCAGCCACGUCCUCACUCUCCUCCUUGAUCAAUGGAGACGGGCCGACAGAGCUGCUCGCCAUGGCGUCAAUCAAGAGGCC